CGUCGCGUAUCUUUGCUUUUGCCAGCGAUGGGCGAAGCGCCGAGCUGGCGACACAUGUGGGGCGCGCGGGUCAAGACGCCGUGCGACAUGGAGGACGACGUGCUCGAAGACGUGAUCAAGCACACGACGUCGCGCCUCGGGCAGUACGACACGGAGGAGUGGGAGAAGCACGGGCUCGCGGUCUGCGAAGACAUCCGCGACCACCUCGACAAGGCGUGGGACCCGUCCUGGGUCGUGUGCAUUGGCCGCAACUUUGGCUCGUACGUCACGCACGUCACGCGCAACUUUGUCUACUUUUACUACAACGAAAAGGCCAUCCUGAUCUACAAGGCGGGCUAACUAGGUGACGCAUGUACAUAUAAACAAAAUCACAUAAUCUCAGUCCUUUCUUGCUGGCAUUAGUGGGUGUCGUCGCCGCUUGGAUGACUCGGCGUCGUCACGAGCUCGAUCGUACUCCAGUCGCCGCGCCCGACAGCGUUCUGCGCCCGC